GCCAACAUGCUUCGCAAAGGGUGCUGUGUGGAACUGCUGCUGCUGCUGCUGGCCGGGGAGCUGCCCCUGGGCGGCGGCUGCCCGCGGGACUGCGUGUGCUACCCCGCACCCAUGACGGUCAGCUGCCAGGCGCACAACUUCGCCGCCGUACCCGAGGGCAUCCCGGAGGACAGCGAGCGCAUCUUCCUGCAGAACAACCGCAUCACCCUCCUCCGGCAGGGCCACUUUAGCCCCUCCAUGGUCACCCUGUGGAUCUACUCCAACAACAUCACCUUCAUCGACCCCAACACCUUCCAGGGCUUCGUGCACCUGGAGGAGCUGGACCUCGGCGACAACCGGCAGCUGCGGACGCUGGCGCCCGAGACCUUCCAGGGCCUGGUGAAGCUCCACGCCCUCUACCUCUAUAAGUGUGGGCUCAGUGCCCUGCCGGCCGGCAUCUUUGGCGGCCUGCACAGCCUGCAGUACCUCUACCUGCAGGACAACCACAUCGAGUACCUCCAGGACGACAUCUUUGUGGACCUGGUCAACCUCAGCCACCUGUUUCUCCACGGCAACAAGCUGUGGAGCCUCGGCCAGGACACCUUCCGGGGCCUGGUGAACCUGGACCGGCUGCUGCUGCACGAGAACCAGCUGCAGUGGGUCCAUCACAAGGCUUUCCACGACCUCCGCAGGCUGACCACCCUCUUCCUCUUCAACAACAGUCUCUCCGAGCUGCCGGGCGACUGCCUGGCACCCCUGGGGGCCCUGGAGUUCCUCCGCCUCAACGGGAACGCCUGGGACUGUGGCUGCCGGGCGCACUCCCUGUGGGAAUGGCUGCAAAGGUUCCGUGGCUCCAGCUCCGCUGUCCCUUGCGUGUCCCCCGAGCCUCUGCAUGGCCAGGACCUGAAGCUGCUGAGGGCCGAGGACUUCCGGAACUGCACGCGGCCGGCGUCCCCGCACCAGAUCAAGUCGCACACGCUCACCACCACCGACAGGGACGCCCGCAAGGAGCACCACCCACCCCGUGGCCCCGCCAGGGACAAGGACCACCCGCACGGCCAUCUGCCCGGCUCUCGGUCGGGCUACAGGAAGCCGGGCAAGAACUGCACCAGCCACAGGAAUCGCAACCGGGUCUCGAAGGCAGGCACCAGGAAGCAGGCCCACGAGCUGCAGGACUAUGCCCCCGACUACCAGCACAAGUUCAGCUUUGACAUCAUGCCCACGGCGCGGCCCAAGAGGAAGGGCAAGUGUGCCCGCAGGACCCCCAUCCGUGCCCCCAGCGGGGUGCAGCAGGCCUCCUUGGGCAGUUCCCUGAGGGCCUCGCUCCUGGCCUGGAUACUGGGGCUGGUGGUCACUCUUCGCUGA